UUUUCUUCUUCUUGCUUUGUUUCCGCGUAGUGCGCGUAGCAUUCGCGUCGAGCCAACGCGCCUAUAUAUUAUUCCAUUCCCUCCGAUCCACUACCAUUGAACCGUCGUCGCUGCUUCCCCUCUCUCUUCCCUCAACCCCACGCGAUCCGCCCAUGGAGCCGCCGGCGAUUAGGGAUCGGCGCCCCGACGCCCUCGGCGACCUACGCGUCCUCCCAGAUGAGAUUAUAUGCGACGUCCUCGAUCUCCUCACGCCUCGCGAUCUCGCUCGCUUGUCUUGCGUCAGCAGUGUAAUGUACAUACUCUGCAAUGAGGAGCCACUGUGGAUGAGUCAGUGUCUCAGAGACGGAGGUCAGCUUGAAUUCAAAGACACUUGGAAGAAAACGACACUACACAGAAAAAAUCUGUGCACCAAAGUUGAAGUUUGUGAGAAACCUCUGCAGUUUGAUGGAUUCAACUCUUGGUUUUUAUACAAGAGGUGGUAUAGGUGCUUUACGACUCUGGAUGCAUUUACAUUGGACAGUGGAGAUAUGGAAAGACAUAAGAGUGUUACUAUGGAGGAGUUUCAUUCUGAAUAUGAUUGUAAAAAGCCGGUUUUACUUACAGAAUUAGCUAAUACUUGGCCGGCAAGAACCAAAUGGACUAUUAAGCAGCUAUCUUUAGAUUAUGGGGACAUUACAUUUAGGAUAUCUCAAAGGAGCUCUCAGAAGAUCAAAAUGAAGCUUAGGGAUUAUGUCUCUUACAUGGAAGGCCAGCACGAUGAGGAUCCUCUCUACAUUUUUGAUGAUAAGUUCGGAGAAUCUGCUUCACCUCUCUUGGAUGAUUAUAGUGUUCCAUAUUUGUUCCGUGAAGAUUUUUUUGAAGUCUUAGACUUAGAAAAACGGCCUCCUUUUAGAUGGCUAAUUAUUGGACCACAAAGGUCUGGUGCAUCUUGGCAUGUUGAUCCAGCUUUGACCAGUGCUUGGAACACACUUCUUGUUGGGAGGAAGAGAUGGGCAUUGUAUCCACCUGGAAGAGUACCUGCAGGUGUGACUGUACAUGUGAAUGAAGAAGAUGGUGAUGUUAACAUAGAGAGCCCAUCAUCCUUACAGUGGUGGCUGGACAUCUAUCCUCAGCUUUCUGACCAUGAUAAGCCUAUAGAGUGCACUCAAUUGCCGGGCGAGACAAUCUUUGUGCCAAGUGGUUGGUGGCAUUGUGUGCUAAAUUUAGAGACAACUAUUGCUGUCACACAGAACUUUGUGAAUAAAUCAAAUUUUGAGUUUGUAUGUCUGGACAUGACUCCUGGUCAUUGUCAUAAGGGUGUAUGUCGUGCUGGAUUGCUGGCUGUUGGAGAAAGUAUUCCUGGAGAUGCUAGAGAUCAUGAAUUUUCUAAAAUGAAGCUAUUGGAUGACUCAGACUUAUUAAGAAAAGCGAAAAGGUUGAAAGGUUCUGAUAUUUUGACCAAACCAUUUCAGCCUAAUGCUCAAUGGCAUGCUGGAAAUGUGCAUGCACAGCCUCUUAGCAUGAUGCAGAUGGAAAAAUUUUCUUAUGACAUAAGCUUCUUAUCUAAGUUUUUGGAGGAAAAUAGGGAUCACUACAAUUCUGCUUGGAGUCCUGACAACUCUAUUGGACAAAGGGAGAUGCAGGAAUGGUUGCGUAAGCUCUGGAUCUCAAAACAAGAUAUAAGAGAAUUGAUAUGGAAGGGAGCACAACUAGCUUUAAAUAUUGAUAAGUGGUACGCAUGUUUGGUUGAAGUUUGUGCAUGCCAUAAUUUGCCUCCUCCUUUGGAUGAUGAGAAAUUUCCUGUCGGCACGGGUAGCAAUCCUGUUUUUCUUGUUUCAGACUUUGUAAUAAAAAUCUACGUAGAAGGGAACCUUGAUUCUUCUAUCCAUGGUCUUGGCACUGAGCUUGAGUUCUACCAUUUUCUUCGAAGUACUACUUCACCAUUGAAAGAUCAUAUUCCUGAUGUUUUAGCAAGUGGUAUUCUUGCCAAUGAAAAUGGCUUCCUCAGAAUAUAUCCAUGGGAUGGAAAAGAAAUACCAAAUGUGAUUGCUAAUUGCAAACUUAUUGGAGAUUGCAUGACAAAUUCUUUUCCAUUUGGUAUAUGGAGCAAGAUAAAAACUGAACUUACUGAUCAAGUAACCAGUGAGCCCAGAAAUAUAUGGCCUUACAUAGUGACAAAACGAUGCAAAGGGGACAUUUUUGCUAAUUUACGGGAAGGACUCUCUAUGAAUGAUGCUUUACAUCUGGCUUCAUUUUUGGGAAAUCAACUACGAAACCUUCACAGCUUACCCUUACCUGAGUUCUGCGAAAACUACAGAUUAUCGAUCAAAAAUGAUUCUUUACAGGCGGUUCAUAGUGAGAUUAAUAUUCCUGUAGCCUGGGAGCUAAUUAUCAUGACUCUGAAUAGAAGAAGAAGGGAUGUUCGAAAACGUUUAAGUGUGUGGGGUGAUCCUAUUCCAAGGCAUCUGAUAGAGAAGGCUGAUGCAUACCUUCCCACUGACCUCAGAAUGUUGCUUGAUUUCAUAAAGGACGAUAAUGGCCUAUAUACAGUCAGUACUCCUACUUGGAUACACUCAGAUAUAAUGGAUGAUAACAUUCUCAUGGAAUACUGUCAGCCUAUUCCUAGUUUUGGGCAUCCUUCAUGUUCACCUUCAACGGCUAAUGGGGAAUUAAUUGCUCUUGAUGCAGAGCAAAAUAUAUCGAAGUUGCAGGCCACUCACAUUAUUGAUUUCAGUGAUCUGUCAAUAGGUGAUCCUUUAUACGACUUGAUUCCAAUAUACCUCGAUGUUUUCAGAGGAGAACUAGUUUUGUUUAAACAAUUUCUGGAAAGUUAUGGACUUCCCCUAUCAAAGGCGUCAAUGAAUGGUUGGCUCCCUUGCACGGUAUCUGAGAAUCUGGAGAGAUAUAAAAGAACAUCGUAUCGUACCAUGUGCUAUUGCAUUUUACAUGAUGAGAAUGUUCUAGGAGCCAUUUUCAGUAUGUGGAAAGAAUUGAGGACUGCGGAGACAUGGGAGGAAGUGGAAGAGACCGUUUGGGGUGAACUAAACAACUACCAAUGCCCUCGUUGAAACAAGAAUUGCUGCCAAUUAUACCACUGAAUUAACACUUAUGAUAGAUUCUAACUAACCACAGGAAUCGAUACUUUGCCUGCGCUACCAGUAUUAGAUCAUGGUUUGUAUAUUAUUCUUUUUGUGAAAUCUCUUAUUUGAUUGUUAGGCAUUGUGAGGAGCAUAAUUUACCAAAAGAAAAUUCACAAUUAUCUUUGA